AUGUUAAAGGGAGUUUGCUGCUGCCCUGAGUAUUUGCAGACCAGGACUAUACAUGUCAGCACCACGACGACGUAGAUAGCGAACAGAGUGAGGAAAUCCAUGUCUCACCUGGCUGCUUCACAGAGACAAAACAACAGUGCUCCACACAACAACAACAACAAGGCAUAACAAGACACCUGUUGGAUCUGGUUGCGGACAUGGCCCAACACUCAUGUUACAGCUCACAGUGCUGGAGAGGGGAGUCUUACUCAGGAGCUGUGUGUGCGCGUCUAUGGAUGUUGUUUAAAAAGUCCUCAGCAUGCCGUCGUCCAACCAGGGCUGGCCUGAGGAUUUUGGCUUCCAGCUCGGUGGGAAUGGGCCCAGCUACAUCCUCUCUGUGGAGGAAGGCAGCAGCGCCCACCUUGCAGGGUUGCAGGCGGGGGACCAGGUCCUGGAGAUCGAGGGCCAUAAUGUGUCGACACUGGGUCCGCAAGCCGUCAUCGCCAUCGCCCAGACUCAGAAGAACAUCCCUCCCAGUAUCGGAGUGGUGUCCCGCAUACAGCAGAUGGACAUCGUACCAGGUCCGGAUGGUCGUUUCGGGUUCACCAUCGUAGGGGACUGCCCCCUGCUGGUGGAGGACUGCUCGCCUUGCUCUCCGGCUGGCCGCGCGGGUCUGAGGGCCGGUGACUACGUCAUGGAGGUCAACGGCAUCCCCGUCAGGCAGCACGAGACGGCCGCGGCGCUGAUCAAGGCCUCCCAGGGGAGGACGCUCCGGCUGGGGGUGCUGUGCCUCGGCCCCAGGCAGAAACACAGCGUCAGCAUAGAUGACAGUCAGAUGGGUGGAGAGGGGGCAAGACUGGACCGUAAACAUAAAGCUCUGGAGUUCAACAGGAAGGUUGACCAGAUUUUAGGUGACGAACCCGAAGUGAAAGAGAAACUCUUCACGGUGCUGAAGCAGUAUGCAGCAGAGAAGAGAGUGGAGUGGUUGGCCUCCGUCCUGCCAGAGGUACUCACCACUGACGAGCAUCGACAGCUCAUCUCCAACAUCAGGAUCUUCAUCCCGAAGAAGCACCGGCAGCGCUUCGACGAGGCUGUCUCCCAGAACGUGAUCAACCGGCUGUGCCGCAGCAAGAGCAUCAGCGAGCCUCACGGCAGAGUGCGGCGCAGUCGGAGCGAGGAUCACUCCGAGCGCCGCCACGGGUCCAAACGGGCCAGCUCCGUGCCCAGGGAUGGAGGAGAACCCGGAGGGAGGGGUGAGGGAGAAAGAGACAGGGGCUUAAGGAAGUCCGUCUCUGGGGUACCAGCACAUCCCCCCAUUGGACCGAAUCAGAGGAUCGUUCGUGUCUACAGGGGCAAGAAGAACUUUGGCUUCACGCUGCGAGGUCACGCUCCCGUCUGCAUCGACUCCGUUAUCCCAGAUAGUCCUGCUGAGGAAUGUGGACUGAAACCAGGCGAUCGUAUCCUCUUCCUCAAUGGACUGGACAUGAGGAACUGUUCCCAUGAGAAGGUGGUGUCCAUGCUGCAGGGCAGCGGGGCGAUGCCCACUCUGGUGGUGGAGGAGGGUCCGUCAGAUUACUCUUCAGACCAGACCGACCCCGAGGAGUCUCCUGGCCUGGCCCCCGCCACGUUACCACGCUCUAGGUCUCCGGCCCUCAGCUCUUUGCAGUGGGUGGCCGAGAUUCUUCCACCAAGCAUCAAAGUCCACGGGCGGACCUUCAGCCAGCAGCUGGAGCACCUGCUGACCAUCCAGGAGAGGUACACAGUCUGCAAGGCCCUGGAGACUUUCUUCCAGCACAGGAACGUGGACACCCUUAUAGUAGACGUGUUUCCAGUGUUGGACACUCCAGCCAAACAGCUGAUCUGGCAGUUCAUCUACCAGCUACUGACCUACGACGAACAGGAGCGCUGCCAGGGCAAACUGUCACGCUUCCUGGGUUUCAAGAGCAGUGCAGUGUUAGAGCCCGACGCAGGUCCGGAGCACCACCGGCGGAGCAGCUCCAUGCGCGUGACGGGGACGUCGUACCGCGGCAUCGUCCGAGAGAGGAGCUCUGACGACUGCAUCAUCGGGACUCACCUGGGAAUGGGAAUUCAUGUCGAUGAAUCUGGGAGCCCGGAGGAGAGGCAGUCAGGAGAUGGAACCUCCUUCCCCGAGUCCCCUGACCUCAGUCAUAUGACAGGUGUGUACACGGAGCUGGAGAACGUGUACGCAGGGAAGAGUGUGUCUCCACUGCAGGGAGGCUCCUCAGCAGAGCCCGAGAGGCCGGGACAGACUGAGGCCUUCGGGCGCUCACUCUCCCCCCUUACACUCCCCCCUCUCACAGGUAGCCGUAAAUCCGGCCUGUCCCUGUCCUGGAAGGAGCCUCUCCCCACCCCUGUGUAUGAGAUCCACCACCAGAGCAGCGUGGACUCCAACCCCUACGUCAGCCUGGAGAGCCCCCCCGCCUCCCCGCAGCACUUGGACAGCGACCCCAACACGCUCACCCGCCGCAAGAAGCUGUUCACCUUUUCCCGCCCGCCCCGCAGCCGGGACACCGACAAGUUCCUGGACGCCCUGAGCGAGCAGCUCGGCCACCGGGUCACUCUGGUGGACGACUUCGUGCCCGGGGAGAACGACUAUGAGGAGAUGAGUUUCCUGGAGGACCAGGACCUGGGCUUCAUGCCCCGGCAGCUGAGCAGCGGCAGCAGUGAGGAUCACAGUAGCAGCGAUGAGGCCUCCUCUCCCUCCUACUCCUCUGGAUCUGAACCGAUCCCACCUCCUCCCACCCAGAGUCCUCCACCUCCGCCGCCCUUCCAGUCUCUGAUACCCCCUCCUGUCCAGUUUAUCGACCCUGUCCCACCCGUUCGCUUCUCCCCCGAGCACAUCCCCCGCAGCCGGAUGCCCUUCCAGCCACACCACCCCAUCAUCCCUCCACCUCCGCCCCCUCCGAGGACGCUCCUGUCCAGCCGCUCUCCUCUACACAAAGUGCUCCCGACCAGAGACGAAGCAGAGAACACUCACCAGCGCUUCCAGGCCACCUCCACCCGUCUGUCACACGGCCACACCACCACGCUGCGCUCCUCCCAGCCGUCCCGCCCCAGCUACCUCCCGCGCCAGCUCAGCCAACCCCAGCCUAUCCGCCAGCCGUCCCCGCAGCCCUCCCCUCAGGUGCUGAGACCGAGCCAGCUCGUCCUCCAGAGGCACCACCAGCUCCACCACCAACACAGCUACCAGGGCCCGCUGCCACCGUCCCUCCAGGAGCUCAGCACCUCCCAGACUACGAGCCAAGGCCCCGCAGGCUCCUCCCUGCUCUCCCAGCCUCCAGCGUCUCACUCCACCCUCCCCAGUCACACUAAGACUUAUGAGACCACACGACAGGAGAACCAGUCACAGCAGGCUCCACCGCCUCCGCCUCCGCCCCUGCCCCCACCCUGUGAUCCGCCUCCACUGCCCAAGCCAGGCCACCACGCCUCGGACACCAACCACAUGAGUGUGAAGAGGCUGCGCUGGGAGCAGGUGGAGAACUCCGAGGGAACCAUCUGGGGUCAGCUGGGCGAGGACUCGGACUACGACAAGCUCACUGACAUGGUGAAGUACUUGGACCUUGAUCUGCACUUUGGGACCCAGCGUAGAUCCAUCUCUCCUCCAGAGCCAGCCUUCGUUCCUGAGAACUUUAAAAAGAAAGACGUGGUGGAGAUUCUGUCUCAUAAGAAAGCCUACAACGCCUCCAUCCUCAUCGCCCAUCUGAAGCUCUCCCCCGCCGAGCUUCGUCAGGUCUUGAUGAACAUGACCACCAACAGGCUGGAGCCGGCCCACAUCAAGCAGCUGCUGCUCUACGCCCCGGACGACGAGGAGGUAAAACAGUACGAGCGGUUUGACCAGGACCCGGCCAAACUAAGCGAGCCCGACCAGUUCAUUUUCCAGAUGCUGAUGGUGCCUGAGUAUAAGACUCGUCUGCGGAGCCUCCACUUCAAGACGACCCUGCAGGAGAGGACGGAGGAGAUGAAGGUUGCGUACGAUUACAUCUACAAAGCUUCAGUGGAGCUGAAGAGUAGCAAGAAACUGGCCAAAAUCCUGGAGUUUGUUCUUGCGAUGGGGAAUUACCUGAACAAUGGGCAGCCGAAGGGCAACAGGACAACCAGUUUUAAGAUCAACUUCCUAACUGAGCUGAGCACGACCAAAACAGUAGACGGAAAAUCCACCUUUCUCCACAUUCUGGCCAAGUCUCUGUGCCAACACUUCCCUGAGCUGCUCAACUUUUCCAGAGACCUUACAACAGUUCCUCUGGCAGCCAAGGUGAACCAGAGGGCCAUCACAGCAGAGCUGAGUGACCUUCACACGACCAUCCAGGACAUCAGGUCAGCCUGUCUGAAGAUCCCACCCACCUCUGAGGACCACUUUGCUUCUGUCAUGAGCAGCUUCCUGGAGAACAGCCACCCUGCGAUCCAGUCUCUGGAGUCUCUGCAGACCCGGGCGAUGGAAGAGUUCUCCAAGGUGGCCUUGUACUUCGGAGAGGACAGCAAGUCCACCAGCACAGAGGCCUUCUUUGGCAUCUUUGCAGAGUUCAUGUCCAAGUUUGAGAGGGCUCUCAGUGAGACCCAGACUCCAGAAAACCCCAGAAGCCCCAGACUGUCUUCCCCUCUGGCCUGGUAGAAGCAACGAAUGCGGGCAGACGUCGGGCCAAACCAACAAGGCCAGUUGGCUCCAUUUUCACUCUGCUCUCCACAACCAAAGUGCCAAGAUCACACACAGAGACACUCAAACCAAUGGGAACAGAGACCACAUCAUCUAUAGCAAAUGGAAAGAGACAAAAAAAAAAAAAUGGAAAUAUACUGUAACUAUGUGUAGAUAAUCAUAAUGAGUGCCCCGUGUGCAGCAGUGCUGUUAUUUCAGGUGCUGGGUAGAGCAGGAACAUUCAGGUGUCCACAGGUCAACAGGAACUCACCACACACUGAAGACUCAAACUAGUCUUUACAUUACUUACAUCUCCCUUUAAUAUACAAUACAUGUUAGAUAAAAGACACAUUAGAGAAACCAUCCAUGCACAUUUGGUUGCUUCACUUCAUCUUGAUGCUGCAUUAAAAUGAGAUGUAAGCAAUGAAAACAACUGGUCUGGAUAUUUACAGAUUACUUGUUUAUUAUAUGACUAUACAAAGUUUAUAUUUUCUAUCAGCUCAUAUUUGAAAAUUGUAUUAAAAAAAAUUAAGCGUAGAUGUAGACCGAGACAGUUAUCUGGAAUCAAGAUGAUUCCCCAAUGUAGUGUUUGUAGUGUGUACAGAGCCGUGCUGCACGGAUCAGACUGUUUGAUCAGACAGCUCAUACAGCAGUGAACUCACUGCCUCCCAGACAGCAGGAUUUCAUUUAAAGGUUUAAAAAUAGUACAUAUUUGGAGUUUUUACAACAACAUGUAUCCCCACAUCGCCGAUUACAGGAGUGGCCGUUUUCAUGUAAUUGACUGUGAUUUUAAGGGGCAUCUUUUGCAAGAAAUUACAUUUUCUUCUCCUCAUGCAGUGAGUUAAAGUCAAAGUCAUCCACCCCUGAGCUCUGGGUCACUUUACGUUUCCAAACUGCUGAUAAGGAUCAGAUGACCAUUUCCAGUGGAAGCAAAACAAGUCCAUAAAGAUGAACCACUACUGAAUUCUUAAUGUUGAAACUGAAAUGAAUUUCAUAGAACUGAAAUAUUACCAUCUGUCUGAAUUUAAAAGUUUUCACUUCACCCCUUUGAAUUUUCCAGUUGGCAAUUUCAAGUUGUGCAACUUGAUUAGGUCAAAUUCAACUGGUUAUUUUUGGAUUUAAGCAACUGAUCAUGAAUGGAAUUGAUAAGAUCUCUGUUUACAGACUCUCAGUCACGUGAUCCAACAAAUAAAAACGAGGGACUGGAAAUCCUGCAUGACUGAAUUUUUUACCUGAAUUUGUGAAACUUGAAAAGAAAAAGUUUUAGAAAUUGCAAAAAAUCUGAAAUAUCCAAGAGGAGAAUUCAAGCAAAAUAAAUUCACUGUUUCAGUCAUUUAAAAUUCAGUGGUAUUUAAACUUAAACAAGUAUUCAGAAGUGAUUACAUUUCACACAUUCAGCUGCUUUUAAAAUUUUAAUUAUUUUGCACAGCUUCUAUAAUUUUCAGCAAUGGGUGCUUUUACAUGACAGUGAACCAUGUUAGUCACUUAGCUUCUCCUUUACACAUGAUCAAAGACAUUUUUGGAAGACGUUACCUCUCUGCAUGAGUGGCUAGAACUGUUUUUAAACCACAUCCCUUCGUGUCCCAGUUGGACUCAGUCCUGAACUGAAAUCCAUCCAAUCAGGCCAGUUUGCAGCGAACAAACUAGGAAACUUCUAAACAUAAACAUUUGGAGUCCUUCACUAUCAACCAUUCAGCAUGAGUAUUAUGACUGUUCUUCCCUAAUCACAUCCAGAUUCAUUCAGUAAAUACCCUAAUUUCUUUACCCAUGUUGCACCUUUUAUAGUGAGGUAACACUGACUCCAUCAGCACAUGAAAUUUGGCUCGUCUGUUUCAUAGAGCGUGUGGGUGGAAUAAUGAAUCUUUUUCAACAGUUAGUGUCCUUUGUUUUUCAGUAACAGGAAGAUAAAAGCCAGCUUUAAUGUGAAGGCUGAGCUGUGUGCUUCUGGCAGAGAGGACAGCUGAUGGUUCUGCACUUUGCCACGUGUCUGCUUGAGUGUUUUGAACGCAGUCCUGCUUAAUCAAGUGGGUGGCUGCUGAAUGAAUGAACGUCAAACGUGUGGAAAAAAUAAAAGUCACCCUACUGUAAAUGGUUACUUCCUGCUUCUCUGGUCGUUAUGGUGAUCUCAUGACUCAUCUACAGUACAGUGUACCUGUAGCUGUCUUGUAUUCAUGUUGAUGGACUAUUGUUGAGAUUGUAAAUUUACUGUUUUUGCUAUGCACUGCUCUUCAUUCUAAUUUUGUAUUGUAUGCUUGUGUCCAAAGUCCUAGUUUACUUUCUUUUUUCAAGAGUCUCAUUUCAUUUCUUCUUCAUGCACAGCUUUAGUCAGGCUUACGAGGUGAGCGCCAUCUCGUAAAAAUGCAAUCCUAGCUGGUACGAGUGUAUUGACCGUGUUUCUUGUCCCAAUCAAUUGCAUGUUGGUGCAGUUAAUGUAUUAAGAUGUGCAGCUGGUAGCAUUUACCCUCCCUGGAUAUUUAGGUUUAACAUGAAAUACAUUUUUGUUAGUCUGGUUAGGUUUAUUCAUCGGUUGCCUAAAGGUUCCCUUUUAUAACUGUUUUAUAUGUUUUCAUGGGUAAUUGCUCAUGUUUUGUGCUUGUUUUACCUUUAUGUUUGGUUCAGUGCUUUCAAAUAAAGAAUAUGUUUUUGAUCUAUAAAAAUAUCAUGCUUGAAAGUAAAAAUUGCCUGACUUAUCUGUGCCUCCUGAUGAAAAAAUGUAAUUCCAACUUUGAUACAUGCAUUAUUUAACCCGACAUAUCAGCUUGUUAAAUUGGUGCUGUGGUGCAGUGUUUUUAUUAGUGGGCCUCUUGUUUGUAUUUUUCACCAACUUUUGUUUGUUUACAGUAAAACUCACAGGGCACCUUUAAAACUCGUAUUUUUUAGAUGUGAAAGUGUUUAAUUUUAGUUUACAGCCAGAACACAUCAACUCAAAUGCAAAAGAAGACAGUAUCAGCCUUUAAAAACCUUUUUCAAAUGAACUAUUUUCAGAUAUUUUGCUUCAACUUUGUCAUAUUUGAAUGUAUUAUGAAAAACUUUUCCUUCUCUGGUCAACUGUGAUUCAUUGGUUUUAUGAGUAAAAUUAGAACUUAAGAGGCUG